AUGGCAUCCGCCGCCCCCCGCCGCCACGUCGUCACCGACAAGCCCGUGAAACCACGCCGUCCCAAUCCUCCGGGCGCAGGAACCCUCUCGAACGCCAAGGAGAAAAUACAUAAAUUCAUGGAGCAGAGAGCGAAUGAAACCCGCCAACCCGCGAAGCCCGAUGCAGCCUCGGCGUCUGGGUCCGGCUCGGGAGCGCCGAGUCAAUUGGGGGCCGGGAUGGAGCCCGCGAAGGAUAUAAAGAAGCAGAUUGGGGAUGAGGGGAGGAAGAAACUGGAUCAGCAGAAGGACGACGUGGGGAACAAGGUGGAGGCCGCGAAGGAUACGAAGAAGCAGAUUGGGGAUGAGGGGAGGAAGAAACUGGAUCAGCACAAGGAUGACUUGGAGAACAAGGUGGAGCCCGCAGAGGAGACGGGCAAACAGAUGAGUGAAGAGGCGAGGGAGGGCGCGGAGGAUAUGGGCAAACAGAUGGAGGAGGAAGGGAGGGAGGGCGCGGAGGAUAUGGGCAAACAGAUGGAGGAAGGGAGGGAGGGCGCGGAAGAUAUGGGCAGACAGAUAGGAGAUGAAGCGAGGGAGGAGAUGCCAACGGACGAGGUCGAGGAAGAGGCGGAGAACGCAGAGGAUCACGUGCAAUAUGACCUGUCCAUCCUGGAUGGGCGAGAGGUCCAGGAGGGAGGCAAGGUCUUCGACGACGACGGGAACCUGAUCGGCGAGGUUGCUGAAGGGAAUCCGGAAGACCUCGUUGGACAGACUGUGAACGCAGAGGGCGAGAUAAUCGAUGAGGAUGGCGAUCUGAUCGGCGUCGUUAACCUCGUCCAACAGGGGUCUGAAGUUGGCGAGAAGGAGGGAGCUCCCCAGGCAGACAUGGGCGAGGCCGAGGAUGAAGCCGGUGGCAUUGACCUUCCAGCUGCUGGAGAGGAGGCGGGUGAGGUCACUCGAGAACAGGCUCCUAAGCCUGAAGAGGGCAUUACUGGCGACGAGCAAGUGGCUGGCGAGGUUGGCGGCGCCCUUCCGGACGAGAAGCCAGAACUGGAGAAGCCGGAGAUGGAAGGCGCAGGCGAGGCACUCGAAGAGCAAAAACCGCCCGAGGUCGAAGGAGCGUUACCCGACCUCUCGACCCUCGAAGGCCUCAAAUGUAACAAGUUCGGCAAUAUCGUGAACGCGGAUGGCACAGUCGUUGGGGAACUUGUCGAGGGGGAUGCAAAGAAGCUUGCUCGCGACGGAUGCCAACUAGAUGCCCAAGGGCAGUUCUGGGAUAACCAGGGACAUGUGAUUGGGAGAGCCAAAGUUAUACCUGUUGAAGAAGAAGAACAGGGGCCGUUUGCUGAUAGUGGGGAUAUCUAUGUUGCUGAGGAUGGGUGGGUUAAGGAUGAAGGUGGGAGAGUGGUGGGCAAGGUUGUUGAAGGGGACGCAAAGAAACUUGUUGGUCGGGCUGUUGAUGACGAUGGGGAUAUUCUGGACAAGCGUGGGAAUGUUAUUGGGCGUGCGGAGCCAUACGAGGAACCGGAAGAAGAGGAGCAGGAGGAGGAGGGGGAAGAAGAAGAAGGACAGGACUUGUCUGUUUUGGAGGGGCUGACAGUGAACAAGCUCGGCAACAUCCUCGACAACAAUGGCGUCCUAAUCGGCAGGAUAGCUGAAGGCAACCCUAAGAAGCUCGCUGGCAAGAAGGUCGAUGCCAAAGGCCAAAUCUGGAGCGACACAGGCAAAGUCAUUGGGCAAGCCGAGCUUAUUCCUGCAGACGAGCGUGAGAAGCCAGAGGGUCCAUUCUAUGGUUUCGAAGGCUUGACGGUGGGAGAUGAGGGGACGAUCGUUGACUCGUCUGGUGAGGUUAUUGGCCGGUUAGUUGAAGGCGACGCAGAACGACUCAAGGGACGCGCUGUCGACGAGGACGGAGAGAUUAUAGAUAAGCUGGGGAAUGUGAUCGGACGUGCAGAGCGUUGGAAACCGGAGCCUGAACCUGAGCUGUCUCCCGAAGAGCUCGAGAAGCAGCGCAAGGAAAAGGAGGACGAGGAUUUGGCCAAGAAAAUGUGCGCCAUUGUUCAGCGGACCUUGGACUCCGUUGGGCCAAUCUGCAGACAAAUCAUGCAGCAUAUCGAAAAAGCCAACCAGACACCAAAGGACGAACUGGACGAAGAAGAGCUAGUCAAGCAGGUGAAACCAUUGAUCGAAGAAGCCGCCAACGCCCUGCAGGAAUGCAAAGGAGCUCUACGAGCUCUCGAUCCAGACGGGCGCAUCGCAGAGACUGCAAAGGCUCGCAGCGCCACCCAUGAGGCUACACCAGCUGAGCAGCACUUGGCAGAUCUACUCAAGGAGCUCGCGCAAACUGUUGCUGAAACGAUCGACAACGGUCGCCGCCUGAUUGCCGACAUGCCUCACGCAAAGAAGGAACUGAAUCCUCUGUGGGCGCUGCUAUCUGAGCCGCUCUUCCAGAUUAUCGCUGCAGUUGGUCUCCUGUUGAGCGGAGUAUUGGGUCUUGUAAGUAGACUGCUGGACGGGCUUGGUCUAGGGGGGAUCCUUCGAGGGUUACUCGGUAAUCUCGGGUUGGAUAAGCUUCUCGAGGGGUUUGGGCUGGGGACAGUGACUGAGGCGCUGGGGCUCGAGGGUAAGAAGUAG